GCAGUUCUCAGUGCUGUGCUCUCCUCAGCAGCUAAAAUAAGCACCAGGGGAAAGAACUCAGCGUCAGUCUCUGAGCUGUGCAGUCCCCCCACAGAUUGAUGGAUCUAUGCCUGUAGGAAACACCUGCACUGCCCGUACCGGCGAGCUGUAGGCACAGGGAAGCACAGGCUGCUGCUCACUGUCUGGGCUCAGGCGGUCACGUUCACUCCUGCUCGCAGCAAUGGCAAGAAGGAGUUCCUUGUUUAUUCGGAUCGUGGAAGGAAAGAAUUUGCCUGCAAAGGACAUUACUGGCAGCAGCGAUCCCUAUUGCAUUGUGAAAAUCGAUGAUGAGACUAUUAUCAGAACUGCUACAGUUUGGAAGACUCUUUCACCAUUCUGGGGAGAGGAGUACAAGGUCCAUCUGCCCCCUAACUUCCAUUCUGUGUCUUUCUAUGUGAUGGAUGAAGAUGCUCUGAGUCGUGACGAUGUCAUAGGAAAAGUCUGUUUAACACGUAAUGUCCUGGCUGAACAUCCUAAAGGUUACAAUGGAUGGAUGAAUCUAACAGAAAUUGAUCCAGAUGAAGAAGUACAAGGAGAAAUUCACCUAAAAAUUGAAAUAAUUAAUACAAACUUGCCUCGUAAAGUACGCUGCACAGUUCUUGAAGCAAGGGACUUGGCCCGAAAGGACAGGAAUGGAGCAUCAGAUCCAUUUGUCAGAGUGCAAUAUAACUCUAAAGUGCAAGAAAGCUCGGUUGUGAAAAAGUCUUGCUACCCUCGCUGGAAUGAAGCUUUUGAGUUUGACCUAGAAGAAACUAUUACUGAGAAAUUAAGCAUAGAGGUUUGGGACUGGGAUCUUGUCAGCAGAAACGACUUUCUUGGAAAGGUGGUGAUCAACUUAAAUGGACUUCAAACUACCUUACAAGAAGAAGAAUGGUUCAGACUGAGCCCUGGGAAGUGUAAAGCCAGUAUAGAUGAGGGAAACCUUGGGUCCCUGCAGCUCCAAGUCAGGCUUCGUGAUGAGACUGUCCUUCCAUCAGAGUACUACAAGCCUUUGGUCCAGUUGUUAUGUCAAGAGGUUAAAACUUCAUGUAAGGAAAAAAGUGUUAAUUUAAUAUCACUAAUAGAUGAUACAGCGUCUGCUGAAUGUAGACAGGAGGUGGCAACCAACUUGGUAAAACUCUUCUUAGGACAAGGGAUAGCUAAGGAAUUGUUGGAUCUGCUUUUCAGACUUGAACUUGAUAAAACAAAUGAGCCCAACACGUUAUUCAGAAGUAAUUCUCUGGCAUCAAAAUCAAUGGAAUCAUUCCUUAAGGUAGCUGGAACCCAGUACUUGCAUAGUGUUGUUGGUCCAACAAUAAAUCGUAUCUUUGAAGAAAAAAAGUAUGUUGAACUUGAUCCCAGCAAGGUAGAAAUCAAAGAAGCAGGGUGCUCCGGCUUGCACAGGAUCCAGACAGAGGGUGAACUGAUCCAGCAGAGCACCCAGUACCUUCAGUCCUAUUUAACAGACCUCCUUCUAUCAAUAACAAAGUCAGUAAAGUUGUGUCCAGCCACCAUUCGUGCCACAUUUAGGCAGCUCUACAAGAGAGUAGAAGAACGCUUUCCAGAAAAUAAACACAUGAAUGUCAAGUUCAUUGCUGUAACCAGUUUCCUGUGCCUCCGCUUCUUCUCUCCUGCCAUAAUGUCUCCCAAACUAUUUCAUCUUAGAGAAAAACAUGCAGAUGCACGAACAAGCCGCACAUUGCUUCUCCUAGCCAAGGCUAUUCAGAAUGUAGGAAACAUGGAUGCUCCAGCAAGCAGAGCAAAGGAAAGCUGGAUGGCACCACUGCAACCAAAAAUACAGCAAGGUGUCUUGCAGCUGAAAGAGUUCAUAAUUAAACUAAUUGAUAUUGAGGAGAAAGAAGAAUUAGACCUAGAGAGAGCACUAAAUCUACAAAGCCCUACAAUCAAAGAAGGUCAGCUAAUGAUCUACAAAACAAAAGGCAAGGGAUACCUACUGGCAUCAUCUUUUAAAAAAUUCUUUAUCACCUUAACCCCUGAUGCCUUGAGUUUUGCAAAAUCAUCCUAUUCAAAGAAAAGUUCUGUUAUUCCGCUCUCAAAAAUCCGAGCUUUGGAAAAAGUAGAAGAGAAGUGUUUUGGCAGUUCUAACGUAAUGCAGAUAAUCUACACAGAUGAAACUGAGAAUCUGGAGGCUUUAUAUUUGCAGUGUAAGAGUGUCAAUGAACUAAAUCAAUGGUUGUCAGCAUUAAGGAAAGUGUGUGUCAAUAACCCCGAUAUGCUAUGUUCUUAUCAUCCUGGUGUGUUUAAAGGAGAGAAAUGGAGUUGCUGCCACCAAAAGGAUAAAGCAGGUGCUGGCUGUGACAAAACACGCCAUGAAGUCACUUUGCAAGAAUGGAAUGAUCUUUUGGAUCCCGACUUAGAGGCCCAGCUCAUUUUCAGACACCUACUUGGAGUGAGAGAAUUGAUGAAGGAGAAAUAUGUGCAAUGGACAGAGCAGACCGACAGAGAGACACCUCUUUUACAUUCAGAUCCUCAGGUAAAAGACAGUGCCGCCCAGUUGUUCCAGAUUCUUCAUGAUCUUGAAGCUGCUCAUGAUUCUUUGACCGUUUUUUCAAAUGUAGCGGAUAAAGAAAAGAAGUACUUACUGGAAUUGUAGCUAUACCUGUAAAAUAUAACAUAGCAGUAAAUAAUGUCGUGCUGGCAAUACUUAGUCAAUAUUUUUAUUAGGGAAUAGCACCUUAAACUGCCAAAAUUCUGUAAAACCUGCAACUAAAUAUAUAACUGUAUAUAUAAUCAAAAUGAAUGCCUCUCUCAUAAAGCAGCUGCUGAUCACAGAACAUUCAAUUUGCACGGGGGAGUAAGGAUUUGGUUGGGUGACUAUGAAGAUUUUCAUUCAUCCAGGCCAUGGUAUAUCUAGUAUAAAUAAAUCUAAAGCAACUGGACUUGUUAAGUAAUUAUUGAAGAGCAGCUUCUUCAGUUCAACUGACUGUGAGUUUCAGGUGUCGCCUCUCUGAAGAGUUACAAAGUGCCAUUGUGAUUGGAUUAGUGGAAGAGUAUAUAUGCUGAGGACUUCCCAUACCAGUCAGUUGAACUGAAGACGCUGGUCCAGUUGCUUUAGAUUUAUUUAUACUAGAUAGAUUUGGUUGGGUGUUAGUGCUAAGUGCUGCUCAAGCAAUAACACCCAUUCUGAUGAUUUGACAUAUCUGUUUACAGCAGACUCCUGUCUGCUGGCAAUCCUUUUGCCCUAAAAUCGACCCUUAAAGUGAUCCAAAAAUUGAAAAAAAAAAAACAGAAUGGUCUAUGUAUAACUUCAUAAUGAGCAAUAUAUGAAUGCAAGAUUUUCACUCAUUUUUGUUACAAAAUUGCAACCAAUAGCAAAUAGCAUAUGGUAUAUCAUUUGUGAUGUCCUAGUGUUAGAAAUGUACAUUUCUACUAAAUAUUUACAUUGUUUGUGUAACAAACCCCUUUCCGAAGGAGUGGAAAUAAAGUGCUUAAACCUUUUCAGA